UUCUUUUUUUUUUUUUUUUUUUUAAUUUACUUUCUUGAUCUGUGUCUCUUCUCUUUCGCGUUCCGUUCUUGCUUUUUCUCACCUUUUCACCCUGUUCCUCACUUUGCCUUUUGAAGGUGUUCCAACUCCCGCUUGAAGGGAUGAAGAAGUGGGUUCUUGUGUGUGUAGGUCUAUGUGGAUUGUCCUUUUCUGCCUGCUCCGCCGACGCCACUUUGGCAAAGGCCGAUCAUAUCAUUCUUCUCUGCUUUAAUACUGGUGUUUACGGCGUCAUUGGUGGGCCAUGGAAAUCACUCAAUAGGGUAGCAUAAUGGUGGCAAAACUUCGGCGUGUCCGAUGUACAAAUCAAAAAUAAUUUAUCAAGCAAUUUUGACAACCAAGCCAAAAGGAGCUUACAUUGAUGACAGACCAAAGCCAAGGGACGGAUGUAUGCCGGUGGUUCUCAAUGUAAAGGUGAGCAGCUUGGACCGUCAGAGAUGAAGCA